UGGGAGAGACAGAGAGAGCAUGAUACACGUGGUAAGGCUUUUUUCACGUCUUGGGAUCGUGGAAAGGAGUGCGCCAAAGGGAUCACAAGGGAGCCCCAACAUAUCGCUGGGUCAUAAUUCACGUGGAAGCAACUAAACAAAAAAAAAAAACGAGCCUGUGAGAGAGAGAAUUGGGAUAAAGGUAUAGGAGCAGCAGAAGAUGAAGAAAAAAGGCAUCCUAAGACAGCAUCACGUUUUUGGUCGUGCAGAGAUGGCAUUUUCUGCCCUCACACGGAGCUGGCGAGAGAGAGAGAGAAAAGUGGGAAAGAUGCUGUGAGAGGACCUCCCGUGAGCUUCCGCGGAAAAAUCCUUGAUGAAUCGCAAGAGAGAAACUAUUUCCAACCAUCGAAAGCUUCCGAAAGAGGCUUCUUGUGUGCGGAGAUGGAGGAUCGGGGGGAAGUGUUUCAUGUGCGCAAGCUCCUCUCCACCUCAACCGGGCGUGUCUCUCAGUCCAGUCCCCAACCGCAGGGUACCCUGUUUCUCCCUCUCUAUCUCUCACUCACUCAGACACUUGUGGAGUGCGUGUGUAGCUGGAAAAGAAGCAAAUGGGGAAGGCAAUGUGGUGUUCCUGCUCUGUUGCACAGCCUCCCAGAAGCGCCACAGCUUCUUCCGCGUGUGCGUUUUUCGCAAAGACCAUCUCACUUGCACUCCCAGACACUGUGACCAAGAGCGCGAGAGAGAUGAUGGCAUGUGCAGAACACGAAGGGCGCCACCAUCUGGGCCACGAAGCGCUCCACUGGUCGCCAACGUGCUUCCAGUGAGGCGUUUGAGUAGUUUGUCUCAAGUGGCCGAUUCAAGUGGAUGGAAGAGUACUCAAGUGCGAACAUUCCCGAAGGAUUCCAUCGCGAUUUUCUGACCAAUGCGUCAACGCUGAAGAGAGAGCGUGGGAAGAUAGGACUUUUGUUGUGACGCACUGAUGGGGAUUUGGACAAAAAAGUGAAGAAAGUGAUUAGAACAGAGAAAAUUUGAUAAGACAGUGUUGCAGGAUAAAAAAACUUUGAGGAUUCAGAAGAUCCUCAGUAGAGUCAUCAGAGAAGGAUCAUCCAAAAGCAGAAGACAGAGAGUCAAAGAACGCAUAAAACAUAAAUUCACAGUUCCCAGACACGUCUAGCCCCUCAGCUUUGUCGUCUUUUUUUUUUCUCCUGGAGCCAGUUCAUCGAUGAGACCAAUUGGAAGAUAAUUGUACCUCUAGCGAUCGUCGCGAAAUGAUCCCCACAAAUUGCCGCUAAGGCGUCCAAAACUAGCAAUCACCUAGACCCAAUCCGUCAAAUAAUUCCCGGCAAAUUUCAAAUCAGAGUGAAUCUUGUUUUGUCUGUGGUAGUGUCCAGGAAGUGCACAAUGGGGAUCGUGACAGUGAAAGGACCAAUUGGUAGAAAGUGAAUUUUUUUUGAGAAGAGAGUGAGUGACUUUUUAACUUUGGGACAGUGUGUUAAGAAGGGAAAAGAUUUGAUUAUGGAUCAUCCUGGCGGUGGAUUCGCCACUUCGCCGUGGGCAGCAAUGCUGGGGCAUCAUGCCAUGGGCCCGGGGGCAGAACAUCCGGGAUUCCCUCAUGCAGCUGCUCAUCAUGGUCAUCAUGGAAUGCCAAUGGAUCUCCAUGUACCACAGGGGUUUCCCUACUACAGAUAUCGCGAGGAUGCCCUCUGCUGGACAGACAGGAAACCCUCGAUGGACGACGUGGGCAAUCCAACCUCGGUCAAUGCACGCAUUCUGGAGCUGAGGAAAGAAAAAUCCCGAGAUGCUGCCAGAUCUCGUCGUGGAAAGGAAAACUAUGAAUUCUAUGAAUUAGCCAAAAUGCUACCACUUCCAGCAGCCAUCACCAGUCAACUGGACAAGGCAUCAAUCAUAAGACUGACAAUUAGUUACCUGAAAUUGAGAGACUUUUCAGGCACCGGUGAUCCACCAUGGAGUCGAGAACAAUCAUCCAGCAGUAAAGUCCUCAAAGGUGCUUCCUCGAGGCGAACACCAGCAGGAUUAGCUUUAGAUUUAUUUGAGCAACACCAAGGGACUCACAUUCUGCAGUCACUGGAUGGUUUUGCGUUAGCUGUAGCUGCCGACGGUAGAUUUUUGUACAUUUCAGAAACAGUUUCAAUAUACUUAGGAUUAUCACAGGUGGAAAUGACAGGAAGCAGUAUAUUUGACUAUGUCCACCAUGCUGAUCAUGCGGAAGUGGCUGAGCAGUUUGGACUGAGUCUGGCAUCCGCCGGACAAGGUGGUCUUGCAUCUCCGGCCUCGGGAAAUUCAGACGAGGGCGGUGGCUCACAAGGUACCAAUAAUCCUGACGUUGCCGCCUCAAUGACGCUCAACUCAAAUAGCGCUUUCAAGGGAUACGACAGAGCUUUCUGCGUGAGGAUGAAGUCAACGCUCACAAAGCGAGGGUGUCACUUCAAGUCAUCAGGAUAUAGGGUUGUUCUUAUGCUCUGUCGCCUAAGGCCUCAGUACACUUUCUCACAUACACGAAAGCCUCAACCACCUUUGCUGGGAAUGGUAGCCCUUGCAAUUGCCCUUCCACCACCCUCAGUCCAUGAGAUCCGCCUCGAAUCCGACAUGUUCGUCACGAGGAUCAACUUUGACUUCCGAAUAGCGCAUUGUGAACCUAAAGUCUCGGAUUUAUUAGACUACACCGCUGAAGAACUAACUGGGAAGAACCUGUAUACGCUAUGCCACGCAGAAGACGGCAACAAGCUACGAAAAUGUCACAUCGACUUGAUCAGCAAAGGACAAGUCCUAACCCACUACUGGCGAUUGAUGAACAAGAAUGGAGGCUACACAUGGGUCCAAACAUGUGCAACUGUUGUAUGCAACUCUAAAAACGCAGAUGAGCAGAAUAUCAUUUGCGUGAAUUACGUUAUUAGUACGAAAGAAUACGCCAAUAUGAUCCUAGAUUGCUGUCAACUAGAAAAUGGUCUUGAAACUAUAAAACGUGAAGAACCAGGAACGGACAAUGGAGCUGGAUCUCCAGGGGGAGAUCCAUCAAAUGAUGGACAACCUGGACCUUCAGCCAGUCGACCCAGUGAUCCGCAGAAAUCGCCAAAACCUGAAACACCAGAACCUAGAACCAGAGCCAGAAGUCAUGCAAAUGCAGGAGCAGGUUCAACAACGACAGCCAACACAACAUCGAAUAUCGCCCUAGAUAAGGCAGCUACGGGCCUAGUGGCACCUGUGGAAGAUACAACGACACCCCUACUUAGUGUUCCAGCACCGAGAAGAGGUCAGAAACGAAAACAUCGCACAGAGGAUGUCGAGAGCCUACCCACAGAUCCUGCGCCAACCAAUACCGUGCUUCCCAUUGCGAAUCCCGCCGAAGGACACCGGCAUGCAGAUGAACAUAGCGAAAGCUCGGUGAAGAAUCUGGAGAAUGCCAUGUCGAAGCAUCUGCCCUCUCAGCCGACCACUGACUUCAGCACGGAUGCCCUGCUGAAGCAGCAACAGCAGCAGCAGGACAAGGGGAGUACGAUUCAAUGGAUUGGUCAUCAUAAUCAUCACUUCCACCAGCAAACCUCACCAAUGCCCGCCACGGCUCUACUUAGGCAACUCUAUGCCAACCGCGAGAGCGUCAUCCGUGCCACCACACGACCGGCGCCCUCGGGCGUCUUUUACACAGACGCUGCCCAAACUGGUCCCCUCCCAACUCCUCCCGGUAGUGAAUCUUCCUUUGACAACCAAUUCCUCCUGCAUGGUCACACGGCACAGAAGCCCAGUGACGCCUUCAGUAACCUCGUCUCCAGCUACGGCGGCUACCCGGCUUCCAUGGACUACCACAACGCCAUGACGCCACCGUCAUCUGUCUCUCCACGGGACUCCAACCCAGCUGCCAAUAAAGCUUCCGCCAUUCAUCCCACUUCCACGGGAUUUGACUAUGGCGAGGCCCUGCGGAGCCAGUACUCAGCAGCUGAUCCUGCAGCAGCUCCUCCCCUCCCCCUCAAGCCCCAGCCAUAUUCAGCCGCCGCGGCGAUGCACCAUGCAGCCGCGGCCAAUUCAAUUGAGGCUUAUGGAUCUCUAGAUCAAUCACAGUACUUCCCACAUCACACUGGCUUCCAUCUCUACCACAAAGGAGCGCCGACGGCUGGAUGGUACUCUACGCCAUCGUAGAAUCAGCCCAGACGCUCCUUCCUUGAUCUCUAGGCAGGACUUUAGUUUGUACAAAGUGUUUUUUUUUAGGCUCCAACAAUACUCAAUAUCAAUUUUCUCAAUAGAAAGCUGGAAGAUCAAUCUCCCCGUUUACUAAAAUCUCUCCCCCCCAGUGCCAAGUUAUCAAACAUCAAACAUUCUGUAAGAUCUCCCCGGAAAUCUCUUCCCCUCGAAAGACAAGAGCACUAUUUAAAAUUUGUAAAAAAAAAAAAAAGCAUGAAGAUUAUGUAUAGAUUAGACAGUAAAUUAUAUCUUGAGGAUUUUCUCAGACAUUUGAUUUUUACUGUAAUCCUUAGAAUAACUUUAAAAAAAAACCUAGUUACUUCAAAACAUAGAAGCAUAUCAUAAUUAAUCUUAAAAUUGCAUUGAUGGGAAAAUAUUCUCAGUUUCAACAGAAGAAUUUUCUCAAACUUGUAAUGGACUCUUUCUUAUUUAUAUUUGUGUACAAACUCUCUGAUAUUAUUGAUGGAAGUUAAUACUCGUACUUUGUAGCUUAGGAAAAAUUCCCUCAAAGUAAUUUUUGACUUAGAUGAAUAAAAGGUAAAUUGAAUCGAAAGAUGUAAGAUCUCUUCAAGAGAAAAUUGUGUAAAUAUUGUUCGCAGAGAAACAAAAAAAAAUCGAUUCCACUCUCAGCUUCUUCCAAAUGGACAAUUUUUUUCGAAAAUACAAAAAAUAUAUAUACUAAGAAUAAAGAAAAAAAGAAAAAUUCCAGUAGAAAAUUACAAAGACAUUCCAGAGAAAAAAAAUCCAUUCUUAGUAUAUUACUUCUUGUUCAUGUUUCUAUAAGGUAUAAUUGGAUAGGAAUUUAGAAGAGAAAAAAAAUUUAAAAAAAAUAUGUGCAAUAAAUCACACAUAAAUCAACAUUUUGUUGAACAACUUUUCUUUGGGUUAUGUAAUGAUAAAGAGGAAUUUUUGUAAAAAAAAAAAAGAAAAUUACAUAGAGAAAUUUCUGUACUUGAACAUAAAUAAUAUAAAAGAUUAUUCUACUUAAUGAGUAAA